CCUCCCCGUGAACAGAGGGAUCAUCACAGCCAGAAACGAACCCCGACUAUUAUCCAAUCGCAUGUACAUAUUUUCCACCCACAAGCUCAACCAAAAAUCUCUGCUUCCGCACGUCCACUCUUCAUCCUCGACCUCUAUCUGAAUCCAUGGCCAACGACAGCGUCGACAAGCUCGUCGUCUUCCUCGCGAAACGCGACGGAAUCGACAAGCUCGUCAAAACCUUCCAGUACGUCUCAAAACUCGCUCACUAUCGGACCGACGCGCCUGCCCGAUGGCCAGCCCGCCGGGCCAAGCGAGAUUUGGCGAGGUCGCCGCGGCUGCAAGCCCGGCAAGGCGAGCGGCGGGCGAAUUGGUGGCGGGACUUAGUGUAUCGCCGGUCUGCGGAUAUCGAGCCGAACCCGGUUUGCUGUCACCCGGUGUUCCUCGGGAUCAGCGGCUGCGCUGUCGGCGCUGCCCGGGUAUGUACAGGAAGGUUGGCGCUGGGCUGUAACGGGAGUGUAAGGAUCGAAGUGUAUAAAGAGGUAACGUACCUUCCUAUUGUAUGA